AUGAAUUCAGAUAUUCCGAAGUUUUGGGGACUUCUCAGUAAUGCCGACAGAUAUCAAUACAUGUAUCUCCGGAAUGCUCUUUCGUCUCAGAGUGGUAAAAGCAUUCGAAACAAAAGAGUUGAGAACUUUGCAGAGACACUUCAAGCCAUAAAGCAAUUCUGCAUAAGGGGCGAUGGUCAUGAUUGGUGCCGCUUCCUUGUUGCAGGAAUCUGCUGGCUUCCUGAAGGAGGAAUUGCUGUGAACACACAUCAGCUUCGCCUCCUCGUUGUCAAAUGCAAGUCUUCCAUUAACGGCUCGCUCCACAAGAUGGGUUACAAUUAUGGAAUGGAAAGGCCAGAGGCUGCUGCAGCCAUCAUCAGACAGAUUCCACUCCUCAAAGACAACCCUGCGGAGCUUCGUCAAUGGACCGCGAGAUUAGACCAGCCAGUUGCCUGCUCUCCUCCAACCACUUCCCCAAUUUCCCAACCACAGAAUAUACAGGUUCCACAACCACAAAAUGUUGAGAUCUUUGUUCAGGAGGCCAUUGCCCCUCAACAUGAUCUUGUAUCCAAUCAGUCAAAGGAUGUUGUUUGCAGCGAAUUCACGGACGCAUCCUUCUUAGACUUUUCUGAUGAAUUCGACCUUGGCCUUGAUUCUUCCUUUGGUGUGUAG